GAGAGAGAGAGAGCAGUCAGCUGAUUAGAGAGAGGACUAGUAGACGUGAAGUGACUGAAGUGGCUUGCCGUUGUGCUAUUUACACUAGACCACAGGCAGCCAGCAGGGAGGGCGUGGCUGAGAGAACACACACCCUCUCUCAGCCAUUGCAGUGCGGAGGUGGCAAGCCUGAAAUAGACAGACAUCAUAACAACCGCUGGAAGACAUUUACACUCAUACCGACUCAUACAUAAACACACACGUAGCUGUCUUUGAUUCAGCAUACACCCAUUCGUGCAUACAUACUUAUACACGUUCAUUCACGCUCAUUCAGUUAGUUCAUACUCAUAUAUUACAUACAAAUCAUCAUACAUAAAGAGUGUCUCGCAUACACACACACACAUACACGUCACUCAUACAUAGCCGCUUGUCAUACAUCAUACAUAAUCUAAUACAUGUAAAUCUCGCUCAAAUACAUAGAUUCACACACAUCAUUCUUACAUUUUACAUUUAUAUACCCUUGACAAUUUGAUUAAUAUAUGCAGCUUCUCAAAUACACGUACUUUUUAAAGCAUAUAUAAAACAGGUUCUCAGAUAUACAUGUAACACGGUUUUCUGGAUAUACAUUCAUGAUAACAAACUGAAAUAUAUACAGUCUGUCAGGUACCCAUAUUUGUACGCACACUCCUAGCUGUAUACAUGUAACUGACCUGUACUGUUCUGGUAACUUCUUUUUCUUUAGUAGUUUGUUUUACUUUUGUCUUAAUCUUUCAUGUAUAUAUAUUUUUUUGUAUUUUGUGACGUUUCUUCCGCUGUUUGACCUGACCUUGGCUUUCCUUACCUAACAUCACCUUUUUUAACCUAACCUAACCUCACCUCACCAAAUCUGACCUAACUCACCUCUUUUAACCUCACCUCACCUCACCAAACCUAACCUUACCUUACCUAACCUAACUUACACAAACACACACUCACACAUACACACACAUACACACACACAGACACAGAGACACACACACAGCCAUGGAUACAGAGACUGCCCUUCUGUGGGGGUUCGUGGUUCUGCUGCUCAUCGUCAUAGCAACCAUCAUCGGACUGCUGGUUCACUCUGGCCUCUUCGUCCCUGUUGUAGUGAAGACGUGCAAGCCAGAUCUUGGAGAGGCUCAGAUUGCCUACAAGUUUGCCCGUGGCCCCUACAAGGAGUCUGGGGCGCUGUUCACUGAGAUCCACACCCUGCUGCCAGAGUACCGCACAGUGGGGGUGUACUAUGAUGACCCCAAGGUGAAGCAGCCACAGAAGCUCCGGUACAUAGUGGGGGUGAUCCUGGCAGAGGGGGCGGGGGCGACAGUCCUGCCCGAACACCGCCAGCUGCUGGAGGAGAAGGGGUACCAAUUCGCCACCUUUCCAGCCAUCGACCAUGCUGUGCAGACCUCCUUCCCCUUCAACAGCACCAUUUCCAUUAUCAUGGCCGUCAUGAAGGUGUACCCAGCCCUGCGAGAAUAUAUAGAGGCACGCAGUCUGUGUGCUCGGCCCUUCCUGGAGGUGUACGACAGCAACCGCGCCCAGAUACUCUUCAUUGGCCCCCUGGCACGGCAGGAUGACUUCUACGUGCCAGAGGUGCUGCAGGAGGAGGAGGAGGACACCCACCAGGAUGAUUACGAUGAUGAUGCUCGGAGUGACAACUCCAGCCGAUCUUGGGAUGAGUCGGCGUCCUUCAUGAGAGCAGAGGAGGCAGGGGGUGGUGACGGCCACGAGUCAGACCUGUCCGAAUGCGAGGAGAGCAACACCACCACCACCACCACCACAGCCACCACCACCAUCACCACCACUGCACAUCCUCCACCACCUCUCUUUCAGUGUCCAUCUUCCUCAUCUCCAUCCACUGUUCCUGUUUCUCACACUCCACCUCCUCCUCCACCUCUGUCCUCUUUGUCUUCUUCUCCUUCCCCUCCUCCUCCUCCUUCUUCUCCUCCUUCACUACCAGAGGACACCACCACCACUGCCACCACCACCACACCGCCCCUUACCACCACCACCACCACUGCUGCUGCCACACCUCUGCUGCCCCCACCCAUCCCUGACCCGGUGGAGCCUCUGGACAUCGCUGACACAGGGUCGGCCGGGAGUGAGGAGAGUGAUGCUAAUACUGCUUCGUCCUUUGAGGAAAUUGACGACCGGGAGGCUGCUGCUGCUGCUGCUGCUGCCGCCGCUGCUGCCGCCGCCGCUGCCACUGCUGCUGCUGGUGGUGGUGGAGAAAGUGAUGGCAGAGAUGGGAGUGUGCGGAAGGAUGAUGAUGAGGGGGAGCGAUAAGUGAUAAGUGGGUGAAGAUGGAGUGGAGAAUGAGAGAGAGAGAGAGAGAGAAAGAGAGAGAGAGAGAGAGAGAGAGAGAGAGAGAGAGAGAGAGAGAGAGAGAGAGAGAGAGAGAGGAAUAGUUUGGAAGGAUAGGGGUUUAGAAAAGAGGUGUAGGAGGAGGAAGAGGAGGAACAAGAUGAAGUAUGUGUGAGAUAUAGGGAGAGAAUGGAGGGAAGGAAGAAAGUCACAAAGAUCAAGGCAGUAGGAUGUUUAGGAAGGAUGUGAGAAUGAAAUAUUGAUAAGGUAAAAAGGAAGGAUAUGUGAGGAUGAGGAAGGAAUGAAGGAAGGAGAUACAAUGAUAAUGAGAAAAUAAAAAAAAGGCAAAAAUAUGACAUAAUCUUGGGUUGAAUAGAACAAAACUUUUACAUAUCUCUUAAAUGAAUUAGUGUUUAUUAUACUCACUUCAUAUAUUAUUGUACUUCCAUAUAUUGUUAAUUCUUUUUAUCAUGCUAAGGUUUAUUUAUCCAUUUAUUAUGCAUUGAACACAACAAUACAUAGGCAAUUCUGUAUUUUAAAGGGAUACACAAGUAAUAAACAACGACAAAUAUUUUACUAUGCCAUAUCAUAUUUAAUCAUUCCAUUAUCAAAAAAUUUUAAAAAGUACUAAAGUUAAGAAAAAUAUAUACUCAACAAAAAAUACAAAUGCACACUUGGUUAAAGAUUACUGAAAAUGUAAAAUUAGUCAAAGUACAUAUAGUGAAGACUUUCAGAUUUAAGAACAAGUAUUGAAACACAGGACUUGGGGUUAAUAUGGGCUGGGCAGGGCUGGUAGGGGAGUGAGAGGGAACUGUAGGGGUUUGUCUUGCUUCAUGGGGCUUUGUGAGAGUAUAAGAGAGCUGAUUGGGGGCUGUAGUCUAUGUGUGGCUUACUGAACAGGGACUUAGAUUAUAAAGGGUUGGUGUGUAGAACUUGAGAUCAUUAGGGACAGAACAUUGAGGGUGUGUGGGGCUUAAUAGGGCUUAGCAAGAUUAUCUGGGAGCUGAGUGGGGGCUGCAGGGUGUGCUGAGCUUGGUGAGGCUGUAGUAGAGGGCUGAGUAGUGAGAGAUAUGGUGUGUUAGGUAUAGGGAAUGACUGGGUUGAACCUCUCCACUCCAAUGCUGAUGGGGAAAAUUUAGCGAAGAAUGUCCUGCAAUGCUGUGAUGAUGAUGUAUUGUUAUUUACUACACUCAGUCCUUCGUUUGCGCUUGGUUUUGAUGGUUUGGACACUGCUUAUCUCAUACUCUGGGUAGCAUAAAGUAGGUCAUAGAUGAAAGAAGGUGAUACAUGGAAAUUUCAGACAUUCACGAAUCCUACUUCUCUAGAAUAAGACGUAAUGUUGAUACUGUGAAGCACACUGUAAGAACUGAUUGCUCUUAUUAGAUAAACAGGUGAUGGGCAGACUGUGUUAGAUGGUCAAUAAUUCCAUGCAUGCCAGUUCACAAUACCCGUAUGUUAGUGUAAUGGGACAGCUGUGUAUGUACUUGCUGCCCGGUUCUGAAGGGCCAUUGUAUCAUGAGUGAGUGUUUGAGUGUUUGACUGCCUCCCAUCGUGCUUGCCAAGCCACGUGGGAGGUGAUGCUCAGUGCUGUGUUGUCUUUCAUGUGCCUGCUGCUGCGGGGGUUCCUGCUCAGCCAGGCAAAGUAUCUUUCCACUGAACAAUAAGGGUUACCUGAAGGUUUGCCAUUAUGCAGGGAAGGGCAUUUCUUUAAUCAAGUCUUAUGGUGUUUGAUAGCUUCCUGAUCUUGUGUUAUUGUGCUGGGUAGGAUCUAAACUAUGUCCAGUGGUAUCUGAUAACCUUAUCUUACUAAUGCCAUUGCACUGAGUAAAAGGUUAGUAAACUCAACUAAAUCUAAUGCUAUUUAAUGGUCUAAUCUUACUUAUCAUUUGUAGUAGAGGUUAGGAGGUUAUUCUCUCAAACACAAGUAAUGUUAAGUCACUGAGUGGUGUUGGGGCAGUGAUGGACAUUAGGGAAGAGAUCAUCUGUGACCACAAAAAGUAACUCAUAAGCCGUCCAAUCCAAUAAGGGAAAAUGAGGACGUUAGAUGAAAUAACGACAAUUGAGUGGUGUUGGAUUUACUUCAGAGUGUCCUUCACUGUUAUGUGGCAGACCUUCAAGUAAUCUAAAAAAAAUAACAUUGCUUUGCAUUGACAUCACUUCUGUGUAUAGAAUUUUAUGGUUAUCAAUCUAUCCCUUCAUUUCCAAGGUGAAGUCUUGAAGUAAACUGUAUUUCAAGGGCAUUAGUGAGAGGACAGGUUUAUGUUUGCUGUGUGGUGCUGUUGAGAGGCUGUGUGGCUGGCCUUGCUGCACCACCAUCACCACCACCACCAUUGCUCCACUGCCCCAGGCCUCCUUUUCUGCCACAUCAUCACCAGUCAGUCAGUCAAGCUGUGUAGUAGUCAGAGCCGCUGUCCUGUCUCUUGCUGUGGGCAUUGGGGCGUGUGUGUGUUUGUACUUAUUCUUGCUUCUAAGGUUUACGUGCAGUAUUGGCAAAAGAAAAGGAAGGAAAAGGAAAAGUAGAAAAUUAGGAAAUUGUGGGGAUAGUGAAUGUUUUCUUUCCAUAGAAAUUAUAAUUAAGAACUGAAUUAUUCUGUGAAGUUGAGUGUUUAUUCCACUUAUAGUACAGCCUAAAGUGAGUGAAAGUUAUUAUUACGUCCAAAAUACAAUUGGGUUAAUUCAUACAAGGUUGUGGUUUUUUAAGCACAUAUCAAGAGUGCUUCUAAGUACCCAGUGUGAAAUUUCCUUGUGCUGGUGCCUGUCACAUCAAAUGUACUACUUCUGUCUAUACAACUUUAGCAACAAAAUAAACUCUUCAAAAUUU